CAUCUCUGCGCACCGUGCCUGGCAGGAGCUCGCGGUUUCAGAUCUAACAACACCGACAAUGAGGCGUGUGUGGAAGAUGGUCGAAAAAAGAGCGCUCCCUCAUAAGACAGACGGUAUCCGAGGCAAGCAAUGAGCGGUGUGGACCCACCGGGCAUCGUUUCGCUUCACCCACCGAGCUCUCACCCCCGCGGUGCUUCACCGUGAACACACACAUACGCCGAAAACCAUUUCGCAACCUAUUUUGCAUGCAGUCUACAGGGCGCAUGAAGUCUGGAUAUAUUUUUCCACCCUGUUCAGCUCAGCCCAGCGACCUUGUAAUGUGCACGCUGCUAGUUGUUAUCUGAAGGAGGCGUGGGGUGCUCGUACAGACUGAGGAGCGCCUGUUUGGAGCAAUAUCAGUUUUUCACUGCAGGAUGUUUUGAGCGCCAAGGGGGCUGCGAGCUGUCGUCGGGGGGGUUUUCUUCACUGCGCAGACAAGCGGCGGAGCGUCUCUGCGCUACCGCUCGUCUCGUCUGAUCCACAACAAACACAGCAGACAGUUGAGGGAGGGAAGGAGGCGCAGAGGCGGAGAAGGACUCUGGUGGAGGAAAUCUGGAAAUAUACGGCGUUAAAAUGACGAUGUCCGUCCCGGAGAGGAAAUCAGGAUCGGAGGGGAAGGAGGAGGAGAGCGAGGAUGAGAGUGAGAUCUUGGAGGAGAGCCCGUGCGGCCGGUGGCAGAAACGGAAAGAGCAGGUGAGCCAAGGUAAUGUCCCAGGUGUGGAAAGUGCCUCCCUGGCCAUGGACACAGAGGAGGGCGUGGAGGUGGUGUGGAACGAGGUGCUCUUCUCUGACAAGAAGGUCUUCAAAGCACAGGAGGAGAAGAUCAAGGAGAUGUUUGAGAACCUGAUGCAGGUCGAACACCCCAACAUUGUCAAGUUCCACAAGUACUGGCUGGACAUGAAGGAGAGCCAGGCGAGGGUUAUAUUCAUCACAGAAUACAUGUCGUCAGGCAGCCUCAAGCAGUUUCUGAAGAAAACUAAGAAGAACCACAAGACGAUGAAUGUGAAGGCCUGGAAGAGAUGGUGCACCCAGAUUCUCUCUGCCCUCAGUUAUUUACACUCUUGUGACCCGCCAAUAAUCCAUGGCAACCUGACAUGUGACACCAUCUUCAUUCAGCACAACGGCCUCAUCAAGAUCGGCUCAGUGUGGCAUCGGCUAUUUGUUAAUGUAUUUCCAGAUGCCAAUGUUCACGGUAAAGCGAGGCAACUUCGCGAUGAGCAGAGGAAUCUUCAUUUCUUUGCACCAGAAUAUGGAUCUAGCGAAGAUGAUUAUGCCAUAGACAUUUUCUCCUUCGGCAUCUGUGCUCUAGAGAUGGCAGUGCUGGAGAUCCAGGCCAACGGAGAUACUGCUGUGUCCAAGGAGGCCAUCGCCAAUGCAGGUCAAUCUCUGGAAGACCCUCUCAUGAGAGAGUUCACCCAGUCCUGUUUGCGUCAUGAAGCCAAGCUACGUCCUACGGCUCACGACCUUCUGUUCCACCGAGUCUUGUUCGAGGUCCACUCCCUCAAACUGCUCGCCGCCCACUGCCUCAUCAACAACCAGUAUUUGCUCCCAGAAAACUGUGUGGAGGAGAAAACCAAGUCUUUUGACCCCAACGCUGUCAUGGCAGAGAUCAAACAUGAAGACAGACAGGGAGUUCAGCUCAAAUAUUCCCAUGUGUCCCCUCUGGAACUUGACAAGUUUCUGGAGGAUGUCAAGAAUGGGAUUUACCCCUUGAUGAACUUCGCCUCAUCUCGGCCUCACCCCGUUCCUCGGGCUCUCUCCUUGUCUCAGGAGCACGUUGAGACGGUCAAGACGCCGACUCCUGAGCCCCAGGAGACAGAAACGAGAAAGGUUGUUCAGAUGCACUGUAAUUUGGAGUCAAACGAAGAAGGGACCAAAACUCAUCUGUCUUUGUUUCUGAAGAUGGAUGACAAACUUCACAGGCAGCUUAGCUGUGACAUCCUUUCAACGGACACCUCCAAAGACCUUGCCAGUGAGCUUGUUCACUACGCCUUCAUAAAUGAGGAGGACAGUGAGAAGGUAGCAGGGUUCCUGGAGGACGCCAUCAGCCGACACCGGGUCCGAGCGCUUGCAUCUGGGAGCACACAGUGAGAAGGGGGUCACGAUAGCGACUGGCCCAGAAAGAGGGGCCUGGGCGUUGACCACACAGAUCAAGAAAGGGAGAGGGCGGCGGACGGGAUCACACAGCCGGGAACGCAGCUGACCCAGCUGGGGAUAAAAAGGGGACAAAUACAGAAGGAUGCUGGGCCUUGACAGUCAGUAAAUUAUUCCCAGAGAGAACGAGGGAUCGCCAGCGCUGAGUAAGGAACCAAAGGCACUUCUGGUUGGAGGGCCGAAGGCAUCAUGGCUGUGUUCAGCAAUCCCACAAAGCAGUGGAAGAUUGACAAACUCCCUGCCUAAAAGGGCUAUCAUGCCUUAAGAUAUCCUGACAACUUUUCCAUAACGCCACUAUUCGGAACAGAUAUGUUUUACUUACAAAUGCAGCAGCUAUGUUUUCAGAAGGACAUGUUAUUGCUCAUUAGCCUUGUUUGCACUCCAGUGUCCAAUUUGAUUGGUGAUUAUUUACUAUGAAUUGUAAACAAAGUCAUUUUCUAAAGCGUCUCUCCCUUACAAGCCACAACCCUGAGUUUAAUACAAUUUUAGGAAUUUAAUAUUCCGUCCAACAUGCACUGUUAAUACUCAUUCAGCUGACUUAUUUAUUUCUGUUUAACUGUGAACAAUAGAAGCUUUGCACAAGCCUGUUUUUUUUCUUUGCUUUUUAUGAAUGCAGUUAACACACCUCCCUGCACUCUUGGGUUGAAGGUUUCUUCUCCCAGAGAUAAAACACACCAUGCCUAAAUGUAGUGACAAGCAAUGAGAUGAUGCCUCUCUUUUAGCCUGUUGUGCUCUUAAAGGGUUUUCCCUGUGAAAGUGUUCUGAAAGCCAAAGAUUUGCAAAGUGCCUGAUAUGGCAAUGUACUUUGGACAAAUGAAAUGGCAUUGUAUAAAAGCAGCCGAGAGACAUAAAUAUUUCAAUUUUAUCAGCCACUAAAUAUGUAAUAUUGAAAUUUAAACACAGAUGAAUUUAUAGAAUUUAAAUAUUUUACUUUGAAAACUGUAUCUGAAUAUAUUUAUUCUGAAUUCACCCCUUUGAAGUUUGAUUUGCAAUUUCAUAAGCUGAAUCUGAAUAGAUUUUUUUCAGUGUUUACAAAUUCAGAUCCAACAAUAAACGUUUCAGAAUUUUAAGAAAGUAGAUUCAGGUUGCUCAAAUUCCAUUGGUGAAGUUUAUAUCUAAGAAUAUACGUUAAAAAAAAAAAUCAUGUAGAUCUGAAUUUUACCAAUUGACUUUGAUCAUCUUGAAUUUCUUUUACUUUUUUAUUUUUCCAACAUGAAUUAUUAGAUCUGAAUUUUAAUUCUAUUAUUAUUCUGUUUUUUUCUUGCAACAUUUUAAAUUUCAGCAUGAAUUAUUUAAUCUGAAUUUGACCACUCAAAUUUGAGAAACCUGUUUCUCCUCUUCACCUUUUUUAAAUUCUGAAACUUGUCGUUUUGGAUCUGAAUUUGUUGACAUUGAAAAAAAUAGAUUAAAAUUCAGCUUCUGAAAUUGCCAAUCAAGACAUUUAUUAUUGUCAUUUUAAAACUGUGAAUUCAGAACAAAUGCAUUCAGAUAUAUGGUCUCUACAGUAAAAUAUUUUAAUUCUAUUAAGUCAGUGGUGUUCAAAUUCCAAUUAAAGUAUUCAAUAGCUGUUAAAAUUCACAUACGUCUCUGAUUUACUUCAUACAUUGUACCCAACUUAGACCCAACUUAAAAUUUGGAAUUUAACUGAUACAGACUGAAUUUUAGUUUUAAAACCAGAUGCAUAUUUGUCUCUAAUCAUGAGUCCACAGUCAGUCUGUGUGAAUGUAAAGACGAGAUUGACAACCAGUAAUGGCAGCUCCAUUAAGAGCUGCAGCCUUUGUAUAUUGAACAUAUAGAUCGGGUGAUAACGAUCUCUGCUGCAGUCAGUGUUAGUUUGGAAAGAGCUGCAGCCUUUGUACGAAAAUUGGAAUACAUCACAGGAAGCUUGUGAAGUAAAGUUAUAGUCGUAUAUAACUGGGAGGAAGGGUGAUGGUGACGGGAUCUUGAGACUUGUUAAUAAAAAUUGCUACAUUGUUGAUAAUAUUCCUGCUAUGCUUAUUUUUGCGGUAUAUCCCAAACCAUCGGAGGAUUUUUUUCUCAUACUAUAUUUUUUUGUAUAGAGGUGUUUUAAAGGAAAGAUCUACCCCAAAUCUUUAGGAAAAAUUUGAAGAAGCAUUUAGCAUUUUGUCUUAUAUUAAUAAUACCUACCUAUGGAGGUUUUCAUGGGCCGCAGGUGAUACAACAUAAUCGCUGAAAGAAAAGAGGAAUAUUUUCCUUUGAAGAUGUUUAUUUUCCAGUGUCAGGUCUACUGUAGGUUUAUUUCAGUACAAUUUCAGUGUGAACUUUGGAAUCGAUUGCACCGCGGCCUACACAGACACCAAAAUAGAAUACACUCCUUCUGCUCUGCCAGAUUUUCUUGUCAAGGAUCCAAACUUGGCACCGUAAAAGAAGCUCACCAUUUGGGUGGAUUUUUCCUUUACAAAACUGGACAGCAAAAAACAAUAGUGAAUUGUCUGAUCGGUCUUCAGCAGCGUUCUCUUGUUUGUCAGACUCACUUAGCUCUGCUUCAUUUGUUUCCCAGGUCGGUAAGGUCGUGGUUUCAUAACAGUUACACUGCUGUACAGUCAUUGCUUACAGUACUUACUCUACUCUGUGUCAAGCCUUCUUAUCAGUGUGUCUCUAAAGACAGGAGCCCUGAAUUCUCCCAGACAUUUAACAACAAUGGGCUAUGGUGUAAAUAUUUGUUUGUGGCUAUCAAGGGGGUUUACUUUUAGAUGGAAUUUCAAUGCAAAGCAGUGCCACUUUCGCUCUCAUUUGAUCUAGUAAACUGCAUGUCUUAAUAGCCUGCAACCAUUCGAAAACUUUGCAUUUUGCCUUUGUCAGUCACAGUUCAGUUCCUGACCAAGAAGAUGAAUGUUUAGACUGUGCAAACAUGAAACAAAAAACAUCCAUAUCAGUCUUAUUUUAUGUCAAAUGAAUUCUUUUUCCCGUGAAUCUGUUGAAUGAAACUUGCCUUUGGAUGUGUUCUACUUAAAACUUUGUUAAAUAUUGUAGCUACUGCAAAGAAAUACAUGACAAUAAACAAUAUGUGACAUGUUGGUUA